AUUGGUUGCUUGAUCGUUGAUGUGAACCAUGAACUUUUUGAAGCUUUCGUGUCCCUUACACGCAAUCCCGGACCCGUUAUUUCGACGACUAAACAGUAACUCAACAAGCACCCUUCAAAUCUAAUUCACAUUCACACCUCUACCAACAGCAGUACCAGACUCGAUAUAACCACCAUGGCGCCCAAAAAGUCCGCUGCUGCUACCACUCCUGCGCCCGCGCCUGCGCCCGCGCCAACCACACCAGCAGCACCUACGACAGCUCCCAGCAUCGCCGUAGCCAAGACUAGCGCUAGCGGUUCUCAAGCGAUCGACCAGGUAGCAUGGAAUAUAGUCGAGCACUACCAGAAGACGACGCCUCAACGCACCAAGCUACUUGACGUCUUCAUGGCAUUUUUGGUCGUCGUCGGUGGUCUACAAUUUGCGUACUGUGUCUUGGCGGGCAAUUACCCAUUCAACGCUUUCCUCUCGGGUUUCUCGGCAACAGUUGGCCAAUUCGUCCUUACCGCAUCUCUACGUAUACAGACUACAGAAGCAAACAAGUCCGAGUUCCCUUCCAUAUCGCCAGAAAGGGCAUUUGCAGAUUACGUCUUCGGCAGCCUAAUCCUACAUUUCUUCUGCGUCAACUUCAUAAACUAAGCAGGGUAGCUCGUAGGAGGUAUAUCGAGGCCAGUACGAAACUUCAAUGGCUGCUGGAUUCAAGUUAUAAGGCGGAAAAUCUCUAUAUUAAAAGAAAC